GUUGUAAAAAGCUCUGUGUUUGUUGACGUAGUUCCCAGUUUUGGGUGGCUUGUACAGCAGGUGCGCUCAGGUAGCUCUAAAAAUCCUUGAUCUCUUAAUCUCUACUUACCUGAACAUAUAUACUAACACACACAAUCUCCUAAUGCCUUCUCCACCCACCACCCAUGGUUCAAAAUAAACCCCUUGACUGUUAAACAAUAAACAUUUUCACCCAAUGACUUGAAACGCUGUCAUUGUAUACACUUUUUAAAUCCUUUAUUUUGAAGCUUAAAAGUGUGUGUUAGGAACAAUGCUUUCUUUAUGUACAAACAAAGCCUUUGCAGUCACACUAGAUGCCCCUCCCACAUUUUUAAACACAGGUGAGCACUGACUUGACAGACAGGCUGGCAGCUUUACUACGGCAACACAGAAACACACCAUUGUUUAUAAAGCUUGAUCUUGGAUACGGUCUUUAGAGGAUUGUGUUGCCUAUAGACCAAAAUGGAAUUACCGAAAAUGGCAAACGGUCACCAUGAACUCAUGAGCCCUGAAAAGAUGGAGAACGGAUUUGAAGAUGUGAAAAACAUGACAGAAGCCGAUACGUUUCUUCCCAGUAAUGGAAAGAUACAGCCAAAGUUUACAGAUUUCAAGGGGAAAACAUCUAUGGGUAUGUCUAUUUUCAACCUCAGUAAUGCCAUAAUGGGCAGUGGAAUUCUGGGACUGGCGUAUGCCAUGGCCAACACUGGCAUUAUCCUGUUUGUAAUUCUGUUGAUAAGUAUGGCUCUUCUUUCUGCUUACUCAAUACACCUGCUUCUUAAAAGCGCAGAAGUGGUCGGGAUACGUGCAUAUGAACAACUUGGGAACCGUGCAUUUGGUUCACCUGGGAAAGUCGCAGCAGCAUGUGUAAUAACAUUACAUAACAUUGGAGCAAUGUCCAGUUACCUCUUCAUUGUGAAGAUAGAGUUACCCAAUAUUAUUCGGGGUCUUACUGAGACGACAGAAGCGUGGUAUGUUGAUGGCAGAUUCCUCAUUAUUAUUGUUAGCAUCUUUGUCAUUCUUCCACUGGCAUUGAUGAAACGGCUCGGGUAUCUGGGUUACACCAGUGGGUUCUCACUCAGCUGUAUGGUGUUCUUUCUCAUAGCUGUAAUCUACAAAAAGUUUGUAGAAAACUGUUCUGAUGGACACCAGAACACCAGCCUUAAUAUUACUGUGCUAAACCAAACCAUACACUUAAACUCCACCUCUGACACAUGUGAAGCUAAACUCUUUACUCUCAACUCAGAGACUGCUUUUACCAUUCCUAUAAUAGCAUUUGCCUUUGUGUGCCACCCGGAGGUUUUGCCCAUCUACACAGAACUCAAAAAUCCAAGCAAGAAGCGCAUGCAAUGCGUUGCUAAUAUCUCCAUUUUUGCCAUGUUCUUCAUGUACCUGCUGACUGCCAUCUUUGGCUAUCUCACCUUCUAUGGAAAUGUGAUGUCAGAACUUUUGGAGAUGUACGGCAAAACAGACAAACUGAUGCUAUGCGUUCGACUGGCUGUUCUGGUGGCAGUGACACUGACCGUCCCCGUCGUCCUGUUCCCGAUCCGCCGUGCUAUCCUUCAGCUCUUGUUUUCUGAUAAGCCCUUCAGCUGGGUGCGUCACAUCCUCAUCGCCGUAUGUCUGCUCUUUGCUGUCAACCUGCUUGUCAUCUUCGUGCCCAACAUUCGUGACAUCUUCGGCUUCAUUGGUGCCACAUCAGCUCCCAGUCUCAUCUUUAUCUUGCCGGGAAUAUUCUACCUCCGCAUCGUUCCUGAAGAACAGCAGCCUUUGAAAUCGCGACCAAAGAUUCAGGCCGCUGUGUUUGUGUCGCUGGGUUUUAUCUUCAUGAUAAUGAGCAUCACCUUCAUCAUAGUGGAGUGGGUGACAGGAAUAAAGACCACAGGUGGCCACUGACAGACAGAGUAACAUAUAAAGACCAUAUUUUAAUACCACCUGAAUCCUCAAUAAACACAAUUUUAUUAAGCAUGAAAAAUAUUUGUCUGUGGUACAGAAGAAGAUCACAUACUGUACCCACAACACAAAAGAUUGCUCUCCUAUGGAUUAAGGAUCGAAUUUGGUCGGCAUCAUAUCCUGAUUCAGGGUCCUGUCUCUCUUCCAAAUCAUUCUUCUCUCUCAUUACCGUUGGAAAACUGGACAGGACAUAUCCGUUUAAGUCCUUUUUUUUAAACAUCCACUUCCCCUAAAGGUCCAAAUAUUUAGGGCUUGGUAACAGUGCCCCAACAGCCGUUUGUUCAUUUGUGUGUUAAUCCUAUUGCUGUUUGUUAGGGCCGUGUGCAUUUCCUUUUUAUAAUGCAUUUCGGCAGUAGCACACAUGCUACGUAUGCAUGGACGCUAGUUUACAUUUGGACAGUGUUGUGAUGCGGCCCCAGACUUUAGCCCACUCCCACCACAAGAAUCUGUUACAUCUUUCCUAAAAAUCCCAAAUAUGUAAAAAAGGAAUUGAAAGCUUAUUCUAACAGUGCUGUUGUAACUGGCACACAUUUGAGAACUUCCAAAACUACACAACACUGAAUUACAGGCGUGAAUUCACAAACUAUUAGAAUUCAGUUUUCAUUGCCAAAGUUGAAAAAAAUGUUUGUCUACCUCCCAGUAAAUUAUAAAGUGUCAGCCUGAUUUCUCUUGUGAAACUUGACAAACUGUGCUUUUGAUGAUUUCAUGGCUUUGUAUAUUAUGUUAUUUAAAUAAGAUGUUUGUACAGUUUAAUGAUGAAUUUCAUGUUUCAGAACAAUUUCAUUGGAAAACAACUACACCCUAAAAACAAUCCUGCUAAAUAGUACUAAAAGCUUGUAAUCAUACGGGAACCAAUGAUAAUGUGUUUCACACGUCAACAGGUUCCAGUUCGGUGCUUAAUAAAAACACAUAUUUAUUUAAAGGUGCAGUGUGUAAAUUUUAGCGGCAUCUAGUGGUGAGGUUGCGAAUUGCAACCAACGUCUCAGUCCACUGCUCACCCCUCGCUUUUGAAACACAUAGAGAAACUAUGGUAGCCGCCAUCGGAAAAACAUGUCAUCAACGGAGACAACUUAGAAAAAAAGUUUGUCCGUUAAGGGCUUCUGUAGAAACAUGGCGGCACAAAAUGGCGACUUCCAUGUAAGGGGACCCUCGUUAUUUGUAGAUAAAAACGUCUCAUUCUAAGGUAAUAAAAACAUAAUGGUUCAUUAUAUAAAGGUCUUUAUACACCCCUGAUAAUAUAGUUUUGUAUAUUAUUUAGCAUUUCUGUCAAGAGAUCCUUUCAAAAAUUACACACUGCACCUUUAAAAAGAUUAACUAUAACCAAUGGUUCCCUUAUGAUUACGAGCCAGUGAACCACUUUUAGUAGCCUGGCUAACACCAGACAAGUCUCAUAGAGAAUGAGACGUGGUCUGGGAACCACAUGUUCAUUUUCUCGUAUUUGAGGCGUUGUUUACGAAUGCCCAGAGCCGUUUAUUGGGCACUACAAAUGUCUAUCAAAUGCGUCUGUACGUAGCUCAUAGCCAAACGGUGUGCCGCAUAGACGUCGUCAUCGUCUUGCUGCCCGCUCCCCGUUCUGUGAUUGGUUCCUUAUUUCAGGGGCAAAAAAAGUCCAUAGUUUCCAUGCUAGACUUGCAGUGUUAAUAAAGUUGUGCGCAAGGCAGCAUGGGGAAACCCAGGCCACACUUUUAGUGCUAUUUAGCACCAUUUUUUUUGAGUGUAACAUAGAUCUAUGUAUGGGUACUUGGUACACUCAUCAAAAUGACACUUACUAAAAGAGUUUUACAUUACGCACCAGCAGUGUUUAAUACAAGUUUUAUGUAUUGUGCCAACUUUUUUGUAGUUUUUGUAAUUAUUAAAAUAAAAACUUAAAAUAAACUUGCUGUUUAAAGGUGGAGAAUGUAAUGUUUGGAUACCAAUUCUCUAGUAUUCAAAACAACUUGUUUUAGCAUUUGUUGAUAUUGUGUGUCAUUUUGUAUGCUAAUUGGAAAUAUGUUUUUAACACCUUGAAAAUUUAGUAAACUUGUUACACACUGAAAAAAUUAUAGGUGUUAUACAGUAGGUUUACAUGAUGUUGUUUUUAACAUUAUUGACUUUAAAUUCUGCUUCAUGAUUUUUUUGACCAAACAGUAAUAAAUUCUGGGUAGCACAUCGGGUAAAGGUCACUACAAAAUGGUCAUAGUAUCUGUUUCUUCUCUUCAAUAUCUGCAAGUUUUUAUCUACCCGGACUUAAUAAUGGUUCUUGUUGGACUUUACAUUUUUGAAGCAUAUGGUUGUUUUGUAUAGCAAUUGAUGUACAUAUUGUGAUAUGGUAAGAAAACUUUUAAAUAAUUACAAGUGUUGUACAAAGUUUGUCAUUUUAUGUAUUUACUGUAUUAUACAUUCUUUUUCUGCUACCACUGGAACCGAAUGCAAAGGAAAAAUGAAACCUACUGAAGUGAAACUUGUGGGAAGAUUUCAUAAUCCCCCUAAGAUAAAGUGCCUGAGGUUAAAAGAGAAAAAUAUUCCAGCAUUUCGUGUGGAUGUAUGUUCAGAAAUACAUGUACAUUGUUCUUUGUUGAAAGAUUAAUAAAAGUUUUUAAAUGA